AUUCUAGCAUAAACAUGUAUAGUCUCUGAAAGAUUAUCUUUCUCUACAUCUUGGAAGAUGUUUCAUUAUUUCAUUAUAUAUAAAAAUAUAUUUAUGUUUUGAUAUUUUCUAAAAACGUAUUACCAUGUAAUAGUACUUCUAUGCCCUUAUCAAUAAGCAAGAAAGGCUGCAUUUUUUUUACAGUUUAGUUCAAAUCACUGGAUACUUUACAAUGAAAAUAAAUUGAUGAAUUUGUUUGUGUUAUUUACAUAAACUGGUAGUUUCCAAUAAAAAUAAAUCAAAAUAAAAUCAAAUAUUAAUGAAUCAUGAAUCCAGUAGUAGAAAAUGAGACCAACAGAAAGCUAAUGGCAAUCUUCAAAACAUAUAAAUAUCACUAAUAUUCCAGUAUUCCAUUGCAGAUAUUAGAAAUAGACUUCAGGUGCAAGAAUUAGACUCUGUAGAAUCAAAGAACUGGUUCUAAGCCAGGGAGAGCCAAUAUGAUAUAUGGUCAAGCUUGGACUAGGGCAAAACCAGAUUCUCAUCCAUCCACAGCCAUGGAAACCCAUUGACGUUGGGCUAAUUAUUAUUUCUUAACUGAAUCUACUUCCUAAGGUGGUUGUGACAACAAAGGAAAAAAGUUUACCAUGUUAAGGGCUACUGACUUUCUAAAAAAAUAAUGAAAGAAGACAACUUAAUAACAAGUUUUGAACGUGGUUUUUGAAAACACCCUCGUUCCCUCUUAUUAUGUUCCACCUAACUUCAUGCGUAGUGAUAAGUUGUGUUGAGGGACUUUCAGCAUGCUUUAUAGUACCAUUUAUAGUACUGCUUGAUGCCUUGCUAUUCAAGGAGAGCCAAAGAUAGGCAAAAAUCACAACCACACCUGUUCUUCCACUUACAAUGUUUUAUUAUUUACUUACGUACAGCUAUCAAUAGUUUAGGGAACAAAGAGAUAAUUCUUUCUCGAGCUCACAAUCUAAUCUUCAAUUCAGGGAACUUCAAUAUAAGGAAAACUAUAUGACUAUGAACAAAGAAAUCAUUAAUCUCCAUACUUUUAUUAAUUUGCUCACUUCCACGGAUAGCAUGAUACAUUCAACGAAGUAAUUGGGAGAAAGUGCUUUUUUCCCUAGGGUUAUCCCGAUUUUAAAAGUUUUAAACUAAGCCUAGCUGCAAAGAUACCCACUUACUUUGAUAUUAUAGAGGUUAAUCCCUUUAAUCUUACCUAUUACAAAAUGUAAGUCUAAUGCAGUCUGUAUUUUAGUUGUGAAAAUGAGAACGAUGAAAAUGUGUUUUCAAUGACUUUUCAGUGGUGGUUUUAUUGCAUUUCAGUGAAAUAUAAAGCUGGGAAAUUCAAUUCUAUUAUCUCUCACAUAAUUUUGGCUCUAAGAAUAUUGAUUUAAAUUGCUCAUUUUCCAGUUUCUUUUAUUCAACACUUUAUUAAUAUUCUAACAAUACACUGGGUAACUAUUAACAAGAUCUGAUCAAAUUCCACAGCGUUGAAAAGUAGCAAGCAUUCAGACUGAGAGAAUCUGAGAGCUCAGCAGAUAUUUAUGACAUGAAGAAACUUCUGUUGAUUGAUGCUGAUUGUGGUGUUGAUGACGCUCAAGCUAUAAUGAUGGCUCUUGCAAAUCCCGGUGUAGAAGUCCUGGGGAUUACUUGCACUUAUGGGAACAACCUAUUGGAAAAUACAUCUAGAAAUGUGCUCCGUGUGUUACAUAUUUGUAAUAAGCUUGAGAUUCCAGUUUAUCCUGGUGCUACUGGUCCUCUACUUGGUGGGCCUGUGACAGGGGCACUGUUCCAUGGCAAAGAUGGAUUGGGUGAUGUUCCUGAUCCUAAUGCACCAGGAACAGAACUUCUGCAGAAAGAAAAUGCUGUGACCGCAAUAUUAAGAAUAGUGAAUGAGCAACCAGGUCAGAUAUCUCUGGUUGCUCUUGGUCCACUGACGAAUAUAGCACUAGCAGUAAAAAUGGAGCCAUCACUUCCCAAGAAACUUAAAAAUUUGUUCAUCAUGGGAGGAAAUACUGAAUCUAGAGGAAAUGUUAAAGUGUGUGGAGAAUUCAAUUUUGCAACUGAUCCUGAAGCUGCUUACAUUGUCUUAAAUGAGUACACCUGUCCAAUGUAUAUUGCAGCCUGGGAGUUCACCUGUGCCUGCUCACUGCCCUGGGAAUUCUACCAUGAAUGGGUAAAUCAGGAUACUGAGAAAGCCAGGUUCAUGAAGAAAAUAUUUGCUCAUUCUUUAAAAAUCGCAAAGCCUCAUUUAGGCUUUGUUUCUUGCGACUCUUAUGCCAUGGCUGCUGCCAUUGAUGAAAACUUUGUCACAGAAAUCACAGUAAUUGGCGUAAGUGUUGAGCUUAGUGGCUGUCUAACCAGAGGAAUGAUGGUAAUGGAUUGGUCUGAUCAUCUGAAAAAGGAACACAAAGCAUUUGUAAUGAAAAACUGUGAUUUAGAAAAAUUCCAGGGGCUUAUGAUGGAUGCUUUGAAAUAA